ACAGUUUGUUGCAACCAAACUAAACAUGUCUGCCCAGGAGCAGAUGCGUAAAAUGCUCGACGAGCUGAUGGGCACGACCAGGAAUGGAGAACAAUUGUUUGACAGCAUCAAAAGAGUCUUCCAUUUACGACAAGCAGUUGCCGUACACACGCUGUCAUCGUCUCUCAUGCUGGAUCAGGUCUGUCAAACGGAGAAGCCAAAGUUGAUUCGUUUCGUUGCAGAGAUAAUCCAGAAUAACUGCAUUUCCGAGAGGAGGAAGCCACCAACCAUGUGAGAUUUGACAGCCCUCGGGUUUGCCGAGCAUUCCUACUCAAUGCCUGCCCACAUACCAUUCUUGAAGGAACUAGAAUGGACUUGGGAGCUUGUAAUAAGAUACAUGACCCAGCCUUGCGAGCUGACUAUGAAAAUGCAGCACAGACCAGAGAGUUUGGUUACGAUGUUGAUGCCAUGCAACAAUUAAAUGCUUUCAUAGCAGACUGCGACCAUCGCACAGAGAUCGCCAAGAAGCGUCUUGCUGAGACCCAGGAGUCCCUCAGCCAAGAAGUCAAUUCCAAGGCUGAUCGUGUUCAUCAGAUCGGAGAGGAGAUCGGCAUAAAGCUUGCGGAGGCAGAAGCCCUUGGAGAAAAGGGCGACGUGGAGGAGUCCAUGAGGAUCAUGGCUGAGGUGGAAGAGAUCAAGAAGAAGAAGUUUGAAGCAGAGGAGGAGUACAAGAACUCGAUGCCAGCGUCUACCUAUCAGCAGCAGAAGCUCCGUGUCUGCGAAGUCUGCUCUGCAUACCUGGGCCUGCAGGACAAUGACCGCAGACUCGCUGACCACUUUGGGGGCAAGCUCCACCUUGGCUUCAUUGAGAUCAGGGAAAAGUUAAUGGAUUUGAAGACAAAAGUGGCUGAAAAGAAAGAAGCUUACGAGGUAGAGAGAGCCGAACGUAGGAAGCAGCAAGACCAGGAACGUCUGGAACGAGAAAAGGAGCGAGAAAAAGAGCGAAAGGAGCGCAGGAAGAGAUCUCGAUCACGAUCUGGUUCCAGAUCACGCCGCCGGCGCCACUCUCGUUCUAGAUCACGCUCCAGGGAUCGUCGUCGAAGGUCUAGAUCUCGCUCAAGGGAUAGACGUCGCCGUUCACGAUCCAGAGACCGAGAUCGUCGCCGCCGAUCACGCUCUCGAGAUCGCCGUCGUCGCUCCCGUUCCCGAGAACAUAGAAGCUCUCGUUCCCGUCGAUCCAGGUCACGCGAUCGGAGACGAUCACGAGACAGAGACGAUAGAAGGAGGCGGUCUCGCUCGGAUUCCCGCGAGAAAAAGCGACGUUCCAGAUCUGAGUCUCAAGAGGAGUCUACUGGACGGAGGAAGGCAGAGGACCCUGAGCAAGAGAGGGCAGUAGAAGGUUCUCCCGCAAGGAAGGAAGGGAGCCCCGAGGCAUCUCCUUCAAGAGUUGAUGGCGAGUGCCCCAAAGUGGCACAUAAUGGAGUAGAUGCAAUGGGAGAUGCAAAGGUUGAGAGAGACACCAUGGAAGAAGGCGAGACUGGAGAUAGUCCUUGAAUCAGUAAACUAUAAAUCAGGCAUGCAACUUUUUAGCUGAUCAGCUGAUAUCCUCUCUUCCUUUUCAAAACUGUGCCAUAGAAAACUGAAAAACAUUGUACAAAAGUUGUUGGCCAUUUUUCUCUUUUUCUGCAGUUAGAAAGUUGCAUGUCUGAUAAAUGUAGCAUAUUCCUUUAUAGACCCCUUGCAUAAUGUUGUCACACUUUCAAGAAGCGCCAUCCCUUAGGCCAAAAGGAGGCAGGGUGAUUUGAUGAUAGCUGGUCUUUGUGUGUAAGUGCGCAUGUGACCUCGGCAUACAUGUAGCGUGUCGCAUUAUGCAAGGGGGGUCUAACGAUUUGUAUAACCCCCUUGCACAAUGCCGAACACACCUUCGAAGAAUGUGCAUCUUUCUAGUAGUCAAAUCUUUUGCAUAUGUUUGUGCAUGAUUUUGACCCCCAAAAUGGCGGCUAGGAUAUGUGUUUGUGGGUGUGCUGUGCAUUGUGCAACGGGUCUAUUAGUUACCUAGCACUUGCUUAGUGGUUCGUAUCUUUAUACACAUUUAUUUAAUGUGCCAACACAUUCUUUAAUCAUAAGUUAUGGAAAGCCAUCAGGCUUGCAAAGUGCUCCAACAAUCAACUUUUUCCGUACUUUCUGAUACAAGAAAGUAACUGUCUGAUUUAUGUGAAAUAUUAUCUUUCAAAGCUUUGCUCGAGAUGUGAUUGUUUUUGCUAGCUCAUGGUAUAACUUUUGUUUGUGUUGGGAUGUGGGAGGGAUACUGCCAUGUUUUGUCUCAGACCUGUUGGUUGAUUUUCAAACCCAUACUUUGUAAGAUAAGGUAGUUUGGAAAACCAGAUAGAGGCUUAGAUUAUUUAAACACAUUGUGGUUUGUUUCAAUGUAGGCCUUUAUUGCAAAAAUAAAAAUUAUUAAACUUAUCUACAUGGUCUACAACUUUUUGGUUGUAUAAAUACCCAAGGUGAAGUUGAGUUUUCAGGAACUUUGAACUGUUUGAAGGGUUUUGAAGUUAGCUUUUUACCAUUGCUUAAAUAAAGAUACAAAAUUACAACAGCUUAGAACAACUUCCUGUGUACAUAGUGAUUUUAAUCAUUUUCAAUAUGAAUUAACUUUGGCAGGAAAAAGAGGGGAGUCGGGGAAAAUGUUUGAAAAUUAAGCCCCAAUCCCAGCAAUUUUUGCGCUGAAUUAUUUUUGUCCGCUUCAUUUUUAUUUGCAUCUUCCCCAUUUACACAGGAAACUUUGGUACUGGUAUACACUUAAUAUUAAACAGUAUUCAGAUUGGGGGGUUUUGGUGCAAAUCCCACUAGUAAAUUUGUCUUUGUUUAUCUUUUUCUUGUGGAAAGGUAUGCAGUAAUACCAUGUAAUGACCAUCUCUAAAUGUAGAGUUGGAGUGGUUUUGAAAGGAACUGUUGGUUUCAACUCGCUGUUUUUUGGUCAGUAUGUACUGUUCAUCUUAUGGCGAAAAACACUGCAAACCUUUCCAUAUCGUAUUUCAACCAUGCAAAGAUUAAAAAUUAAAAUCUUACGUAACUUUUAUUUGUUUAACUCCAAAUUCCCUCGUUGUUCAUUAUUUAGUAAUCAGAUUGGAAAUACAAUUUGUUUUAUUCUGAUAUGACUAUAAACCUGGUACUUUUUUCUUCACCUCUUGUCACUUAUUAAUUAUUAUCACUGUACAUUGUGUAUGAUGUAUCCUAACUGCUGUACAAUAUUGCUAAGUACCUUAUUCGUUUAAAACUCAAUUCAGGGACACAAUGUCCUUUGCGACUGUUAUUCAAUGUCAAGAAAACAACAUGUUGAAUUAAAGAAACAUUUUCUAAUUGUAAUUUAAAAGAA